AUGAAAGUACUGAGGACACUAGGGCAGACGGCUCAUGGCUGCUCUGAGGCUGAGGAGAGAAAACGAGUGAAAAGAGGAGAGGCGCUUUUCCUUCCUCUCGGAUAUUUGUAGGAGUGAGGCUUCGCUUAAUUACAGGAAAUAUGUCAGAAUACGACACUUGAGACUUUUUUUUUUUAAAUAUCGACGAGCACUUUGUUAGGAACUUGCUCCACGCCAUGGCGAAGCAAUACGACGUCCUUUUCAGGCUUCUUCUUUUAGGAGACUCCGGUGUGGGGAAAACAUGUUUGUUGUGCCGGCUCACGGAUAACGAGUUUCUUUCGCCACACAUUUCCACUAUUGGGGUGGAUUUCAAAAUGAAGACAAUAGACGUCAAUGGAAUCAAAGCGAGAAUGCAGAUAUGGGACACAGCUGGACAGGAGAGGUACCAAACUAUUACAAAGCAAUAUUACAGACGAGCACAGGGAAUUUUCCUUGUAUACGACAUUACCAGCUCCCCCUCUUUCCAACACAUAAUGAAGUGGAUUAGUGACGUUGAUGAGUACGCACCAUGCAUAGUGCAGAAGAUUCUCGUUGGGAACAAACAUGAUGAGGAGCAUCGAAGACAAGUGACCAUGGAGCAGGGGAAAAAGCUUGCUAAGUCUUAUGGUAUGGAUUUCUUGGAGACAAGCGCCUUUACUAACUACAACAUCACUGAGGCAUUCACUCGGAUGACUGAGCUGGUGCUGGAAGCAAACAGGAUGGAGUUGGAUAGUGUGCUGUUAUCCAACAAGGAUGAUCUCAGCACUACUGAAACAGAGCAGGAGCAUGAGUAUUCCACCUGCUCGUGUUAGCGAAGUGUUAAAGCAUAUUUAUCAGCUGCUACCGAUGUCAGUAAGCCAGUUAUGAAUACCACUUCAACAAUGUCCUUUGUAAAGUAUUUUUGAAACAUUUCCUCAUUACUACACAUGUAUUAAUAGAUGCUUUGUCUCAUUGCUUGAUCCUAGAUGUAAGAAUGAACAGUAAACAUUUGGGGAAUGCACCAUUGGUUGUCUCACUAGGGGGUGUUGUCUAUGAAUCAUUUAUUUGUUCAUCACGGCAAACAAUUGUUCAUCAAAUAUGCAUCAAAUUGCUGCUCUGACCUUAUUUUGCCAUUUAGCAUGUGACAUAAUCACGGGCAGAGCUGUAAGGUACAUCAAGGACUUGUGAUGCAUUUGACCACUAUUCCAUUGAAUUGACCGUAAUCCGGGCAGGAGAAAGGGCUCCAUCCAACCCAUACUAACCACAGAAUUGGAUAAUGGGUGUGUGCUGACCUCAUUGCUUACUUCUGAAACAGAG